CGGCGCUCGGUUGGAGCGGGAGUACGAGUUCCCGGGCGCGGAGACCCGGCGGCGCCUCAGGGCACCGGUCAGUGCUUCCUUGUCUCCGUCAUGGCCGCGCUGCGCUACGCUGGCCUGGACGACACGGACAGCGAGGACGAGCUGCCCCCGGGCUGGGAGGAGAGAACCACCAAGGACGGCUGGGUUUACUACGCCAAUCACAGUGAGGAGAAGACGCAGUGGGAGCAUCCAAAAACAGGAAAAAGGAAACGAGUAGCAGGAGAUUUGCCCUAUGGAUGGGAACAAGAGACCGAUGAGAAUGGACAGGUGUUUUUUGUUGACCAUAUAAAUAAAAGAACCACCUACUUGGACCCACGGCUGGCGUUUACCGUGGACGAUAAUCCCACGAAGCCUGCCAGCAGACAGAGGUACGACGGCAGCACCACCGCCAUGGAGAUCCUGCAGGGCCGAGACUUUUCCGGGAAGGUGGUCCUGAUCACUGGGGCGAAUUCAGGCAUAGGCUUUGAAACCGCCAAGUCUUUCGCCCUCCAUGGUGCACACGUGAUCCUGGCCUGCAGGAACAUGACGAGAGCCAGCGAAGCAGUGUCACGCAUUCUGGGAGAGUGGCACAAAGCCAAGGUAGAAGCAAUGACCCUGGACCUGGCUCUGCUCCGUAGCGUGCAAAACUUUGCUGAAGCGUUCAAGGCCAAGAAUGUCUCUCUCCACGUGCUCGUGUGCAAUGCAGCUGUCUUUGCUCUGCCCUGGAGCCUCACAAAGGAUGGGCUGGAGACCACCUUCCAAGUGAAUCACCUGGGGCAUUUCUACCUGGUCCAACUCCUGCAGGAUGUCCUGUGCCGCUCGGCCCCUGCCCGUGUUGUCAUGGUCUCCUCCGAGUCCCAUAGAUUUACAGAUAUUAGUGAUUCCUCAGGACAACUCGACUUUAGCCGCCUGUCCCCAUCACAAAAUGACUACUGGGCCAUGCUGGCUUACAACCGCUCCAAACUCUGCAAUAUUCUCUUCUCCAACGAGCUGCAUCGUCGCCUCUCCCCGCGUGGGGUCACAUCGAAUGCAGUGCAUCCUGGAAAUAUGAUGUACUCCUCCAUUCAUCGCAGCUGGUGGCUGUACACACUUCUGUUCACCUUGGCGAGACCUUUCACCAAGUCCAUGCAACAAGGAGCUGCCACCUCGGUGUUCUGUGCUGCAGCUCCGGAGCUGGACGGCCUAGGAGGGAUGUAUUUCAACAACUGCUGUCGCUGCCUGCCCUCCCCGGAAGCUCAGAGCGAGGAGAUGGCCCGGGCCUUGUGGGUGCUCAGCGAGAGGCUGAUCCAAGAGCGGCUGGGCAGCCCAUCCAGCUAAGCGGAGCCCAACAAGGAUGGGCACACGCCUUGUCUGCGGGUCCUGUGCUCCCCGUGGGACUCCUAAUGGUCCACCACUGGAUCCCUGACCACCGUGGCCUCCUGGGGGUACACAGCCCUCACAUGCAGAUCCUCAAGAGUCAAGAAACAAGCGCAAUUGCAACAAGUUGAAAAAUGUUAACUACCAAGGGAAGACAAGGAAUGACUGGGGUAAAGGGGCGAUGUCACUUUCCCGGGGCUGAGUGAGGUAUGGGUGCCUUGGCCUUCUGGUGGUGGCCUGCUGGACAGCAGAAGCUCGGCGUGGUGUGCAGGUUCCUUUGCCCACUGUAGAAGCACAAGCCAUUGGCUAGGACUCUUAGAAAUGCUGAUGUCCUGAGAUCCCAACAAAAUACCAACACUGCCGCCAGACGCUGGCCCUCUCCUGUUCACCUCUCCACGAUGCAUCAAUCCAAAAGAAUCACUGUUCCACCCACUGUCCAAGUGGGCUUGACAACUCCAGGGAGAGGUUCUCAGAAUAUAGUCCAGUGGACCAAGAUGGCAGCUCCAGAGGUAAAGUAGAAUGGCUGGAGCUGAGGGGUCCAGCAGUGCUGCCUGAGCAUCAACUCCCUUGCCAAAGCUAUACCAAAAAAUUCUGUAGAGAUUAUAACAAAGAAUGUCUGUGAAUCGUACCCUCGAUACUGACAUGGGCAGGAAAAGAAGCGUCAUGUCCUUAAAAUACCUGGAGUGGAGAACACAAGGUAGUUCCCUCCAGUCUUCAAACAGUUUCAGGAGUCCCACAGCUUCUGGUCCACCUGCUUUAGCCUUAGGUGUUGGCUUCACCCCUUCCUCCCAUCCCAGGCUUAAUAAAGGAGCAUGCCUGGAUAGGAUCGUCUGAAGUUUGUAUUGUUUCUUUAAAUGUUCAUUUCAAGGUUGUUGUGUGUGUGUGUGUGUGUGUGUGUGUGUGUGUGGUUUUUUUUAUUUUAUUUUUGUUUUUUAAAAAAGAAACCUAGAGGGGAAAAAAAAUAAAGCGCUUCUUGUAGAUGCCAGGAAAACA